AUUAUCACGCAGCUCAAAACAUUCUCAAGAUAUAUAGCAACUUAACUUCCUACACAUUCAUUUUAAAGACAAACAUUAAUAUGGGUGUCACUACAUAUACACAUGAAAACACAACACCAGUUGCCCCAACUAGGCUAUUCAAAGCUUUGGUUCUUGAUUCUGACAACCUUGUACCCAAGUUGAUGCCACAAGUUGUUAAGAACAUUGAGAUUGUUGAGGGUGAUGGUGGUGCUGGAACCAUCAAGAAGAUGAACUUUGUUGAAGGUUAUCCGAUUAAGUACUUGAAGCACAAGAUCCAUGUUGUUGAUGACAAGAACUUGGUGACCAAGUACUCAAUGAUCGAAGGUGAUGUUCUUGGAGACAAACUGGAGUCCGUUUCUUAUGAUAUCAAAUUUGAAGCUGCUGGGAAUGGAGGGUGUAUUUGCAAGAGCAUAACUGAGUACCACACAAAAGGUGAUUAUGUGUUGAAGGAAGAUGAACACAAUGAAGGCAAAAAUAAAGGCCUGGAACUUUUCAAGACUAUUGAAACAUACCUCCUCGCCAAUCCUUCUGUCUACGCUUAACUGAUGAAAAAGAAUCAAGUCCACACGUGCAUGAGAGAUGAGGUGUUGAGAUAUAAUAAAAUUAAAUAAAUUAAACUGUGUUCUCUUUAAAGUUUCAAGUUUUAAAUGAAUCACGCAAAGUGAUUAUGGAGUUGUAUCAAACUCUUCAAUAGUUCGAAGGGCUUGAGUUUUCAUUUUA